UUGUGUUUAUCAUGAAAAGGAUUCAAUUUAAGAGUUUUAUCUGCAUUGUCAUAAGGUGUCUCUGACGUGGGAUUUGCCUGCUUUUAGAAGAAAAAAUCCCGCCCAUCUCAAUCGUAGACAGUUUGUAAGACGUUCGUGUUAAUACCAUUUAUUGCAGGGAUUUGUUCUGCAAUUUUUAUGAAUUCAGGGAUCUUGUCCAACUCCAGGGGAGUAUUUUAAGCUUUACCCAAAUAAUUUCAUUGUCUAGAUAAGCAUCUAUAGUGCAGUGUGAAGGUUAAAACAUCAUGUGUUUGAACGGUGAUCUUAUCACAGACAUAUUGGGCCGCGUGGAUGGCAUGACACUUGCAAAAUCAGCAUGCGUUUCUUCACAAUUUUGUUGUAGUGCAAGGCAGGAGAGUAUAUGGGAAGAGGCAUGCUGCUCUAUGUGGCCUUCCACAGGGAAGACAGAUGUUAGAAAAUUCAUCUCUACUUCAUUGGGUGGCUUUAGGAAUUUCUAUGCAAGCUGUUUUCCCUUCAUUGUUCAUGAUGGGUUUGAGUUUUCUGAGACAAGUUCAUGGUCCAAUGGGUUGAGGAAGCUGGUUGAUGUUAGUAAUCCGUCUGAUUUUGUCUGUCUUGUGGAUGUGCAGUACAGGAAUAAGCUUAUCUAUUCUCAAGUUUUGUGGGGCAUCCCUGCUCCAGAAGAUUUUGAGGGAUGGUUCUGCAACUGCCCUUUUAGGAUUGACCUUAUUAACUUUGAUGAGGAUCACAGUAGCCCAGAUGAUUUGCCAACAAUUGUUCUUGGGGAGCCUAGAAAAGGGGGUGAAUAUUGGGGGAACUUGAUGGAAAAUAUUAGAUUGAGCUGGAUUGUGAUAAACAAGAGAACAGGGCAGGCUGGUAAUCUUUCAAGCUGGAGUCCCUUGAUUGGACAAAAGCAUUGGUCCUCUGAUAAGGACUCUGUAAUAUGCUUUGGCUCCAUAUUGCCCGCUGAGAACAUAUUGUCUUGUAAAGUUGUACAGUGUAAGUUUGUGAUGAAGUGUAGAGUUUCACAAACUGAUCAUUCCAACUUAAAGAUCACUGAACUGAGUAUGCAGCUUGAAGAUAUCAUGGGUGCUCGUGUUAAUGGAAGAAACAGUCUGCUUAUUCUACAAAGAGCUCUGUAUUGCAGGAGGAGUCUGAGCCAUGACAAAAUCUUGGAGUCCUCUGAAAAAUAUUUGAGAGAACAGAGCACAUUGAAGGAGGCAAAAAUGAGGAGGGAAGGUCGACUGGAUACUUUAUUUAUUUUAACUGGCAUUAUUUCAUUUGCUUCACUCUGGUUUUUCAUUUUCUAAUCGAGUGACUGGCUAUCUUGUUGAUUCUGGUCCCUGAGAGGAUUAAAGAUUAUGAAAAAUCUUUUUUAUGUAAUUAAAAAAUUCCCUAACUUUGGAUUUGCAUAUUUCCAAUGUUGAUUCAUUCUGUUUCGCUUCAAUCGAUGAAUUGUUAUCCACACAUUUCUCGUCUUUGUACAUAUUAAUGACAUGCUCUGUUCCGAAUGACACGACUCGUCAAGAUUUUUACGCCGAAGGCGUUCUUUAUAUGAAAUUGAGGACCUCAAUUUAUUCAUCAACGAUCCACAACCAUUGAGAGGCAAUGCAAGACGAUUGCACUCUCUCCAACCAUUGAUUCGUUUCUGUCCCAAGCGUUUCAAACCGUUGCAGGUCAG